UGACGAGACGGGGCGGAAGGACCGCUCCCUCCGCGGCAGCCCCUUCUCCCUGCGGACCCCGCAACGCCAGCCCGGCACAGGUGGCUCCCGAGAGAGCGCGGACUUCUUAUAAACAAGCCGGGCUGCGCGCUGCCCUCCCCGUCCGGGAAAGCAGCCUCCGUGCCCGGCUGCGAACUUCAGCACGGAGGCGGGGCGGGAGGGAGAGAGGGAGCCCCACUCUCCCCGAGGCGGGGCUCGAACGCGGCCCCGCUGCGUCAGAGCUGUGCAAACACCGCCGCCGCUAUUUAAGGGGCCGCGGCGAAGCAGCCCCUAACAUCCCAUCUGAGCGCACUCCGGGCUCCCGCGGUCCUCCUCGCUCCGGCCUCGGGGAAGGAAGGAAAGAAAGAAGGAAGCGAUGUACGGCGGUGUAUGCAUCUGCGUGCUCCUUGCUGCGCUGUCGGUGAGCUCCCUCGGCCAGCAGCCCGCGGGCUCACACGAUGGCAGCCCGCUGGCUGCUGAGCUCCAGCAGAGCCUGACAGAACCCCACCGGCACGCCCGUGCCCCCUCCUCGGCGGGUCCGCUGAAACCUGCACCGCGGCUGGAUGGCAGCUUCGAGCAGAGGGCGAGUAUCGGCGCACUGCUGGCCAAGUACCUGCAGCAAGCCCGGAAAGGUUCCACUGGGAGGUUCUCUGUCCUAGGAAACAGGGUACAGAGCAUUGAUCCCACGCACAGGAUAAAUGACAGAGACUACAUGGGCUGGAUGGAUUUUGGACGCCGCAGUGCUGAAGAAUACGAGUACUCCUCCUAAAGAACAGCAAACCAUAGCGGCAGGAAAGAAAUCACACUCCCAUGUCUGUACAGAAAGAGAAAAGUUAAUUUGUUGUCCUCUUUGAAUCAGUGUUUUAAAAUAUAUCAUGUAUUUGAUGUAAAUUUGUCUGUAAGACAAGGCAAUAUAUACAUAUGCAGAAUUUUCCAGAAAAAUGUUUUCUUUCUUUUGUGGUUUCUCAUACACUGAUAUUAUAUUAAAAUGAUUUCACUUA